AUGGCUCACGAGCAGUCAGUCCUUGUCUCUUCCAAUGCCACAUUCGUCCGUCCGUCCUAUUUCUACAUUAAUGGUUUCGAGAACAUCCCUCACAUCAAAUACUACUAUGUGUUCCUGGGUCUGGUCUACGCCGUGACAGUCCUGGCUAACUCCUUCAUCAUGACAGUAAUCUACCUGGCCAGGAACCUCCACACGGCCAAGUACGUCAUAGUCUUCAACCUGGCUGUGACAGACCUGUGUGGGAGCACGGCUCUCAUCCCUAAGCUCAUAGAGACUUUUCUGUUUGAGAAGCAGUACAUCUCCUACGAGGCCUGUCUCAGCAGCAUGUUCUUUGUCUAUGUCUUCAUGACUAUGCAGUCUCUCUCUCUCCUCACCCUGGCCUACGACAGGUUCGUUGCCAUCGUCUUUCCUCUCAGGUACCAUGUUUUUGUGACCAGAACGGCCAUGGUGGUGAUCCUAGUAGUACUGUGGCUGUUCACGCUGGCUUUGAUAUCCUUCACUGUUAGCCUCAUAACUCGCCUCUCCUUCUGUGGCUCUCUGGCGAUAAAGAGCUUCUUCUGUGACCACGGCCCAACCUAUGCACUGUCCUGCAACAACAACUCUCUCAACAACAUCAUGGCUUGGGUCUGUUUCCUGGUGGUAAUGUGUGUCCCCAUCGUACUGAUAGUCCUCACGUAUUUCUGCAUUGCCAUCGCGUUGAUCAGGAUCGCCACGGGGGAGGAGAGGGGUAAAGCCAUGAGAACAUGCACCUCUCACCUAAUUCUGGUGGCCAUCUUCUAUCUGCCCAUGGUGGGUAAUAACAUCGCUGCAGUAGUCAGCUACAUACAUCCUAAUGCCAGGAUCAUCAACAACUCAUUGACCCAGACCUUGCCUUCUAUGUUGAACCCCAUCAUAUACUCACUGAGGACAGAGGAGGUCAUGGACGCCAUCAGAAACCUAUACAAAAGAAGCACUGGAAAACUGAACACAAUAAGAAGUUGA